AUGGCAGAUCAUAGGGAAGCAGUUUUAAAUUCGAAGGAGUACAUUGAGCCUUCUCCAAUGCCUAAAGAUGUUCCACACGUAGAUGAACUUGGUGCAACUUCAGCUCCAUUGAAAUCUGCUUCUUUCUUCAUUGGUGAUAGGUGUAAGGAGUUUAAUGAUGACUUUAUGCUGUGUAAGCAGGGAUCCGCAAACCCAGGUGAUUGCCUUAAAGAAGGUAGAAAAGUAACUAGAUGUGCAUCAUCUGUCAUCAACGAUAUCAACAAACAUUGCUUUAAUCAAUUCAAGUCUCACUUUGAUUGCUUAGAGUUUAAUAACCAGUACUUGUUCCCUUGCAGAAAUCAAGAACGUAGCCUCAAUGAAUGCGUAGCUGCUUCCCUCAAUCUCCACAAGAAUAUCCCUGGUUCCCCUGAAAAUCAACCUCAAAUACACGAAAAAACUGACCCUAUUCAUAAGCGCAUACAACAUUAA